GACGCGACGGCUACAGCUCAGGGGCGGGGCGAAAGCUGCGGCAGAGUCAGGGAGGCGCACACGUUGUAGACUUUCCUAGUCGGCGGGUCCUGGGUGGUUUUGGCAGUCGAGCAGGCGCUCUAGCAGGUGGACCCGCAGGUGGAGAUGGCGACGCUGUGUCUGACCGUGAAUUCAGGAGACCCUCCCCUGGGUGCUUUGCUGGCAGUAGAACAUGUGAAAGACAAUGUCAACAUUUCUGUAGAAGAAGGGAAAGAUAAUAUUCUUCAUGUGUCUGACAAUGUGGUGUUCACAGACAUCAACUCCAUACUUCGCUACUUGGCUAGAGUUGCGACUACAGCUGGGCUCUAUGGCUGUAACCUGAUGGAGCAUACUGAGAUUGAUCACUGGUUGGAGUUCAGUGCCACAAAAUUGUCUUCAUGCAAUUUGUUUACUUCUGCAAUCAGUGAGCUCAAUCACUGCCUCUCUCUGAGAACAUACUUGGUUGGAAACUCCUUGAGCUUAGCAGAUUUGUGUGUCUGGGCCACCCUGAAAGGAAAUGAGGUCUGGCAGGAGCUCUUGAAAGAGAACAAAGCCCCUGUCCAUGUAAAGCGCUGGUUUGGCUUUCUUGAAGCCCAGCAGGCCUUCCGGUCCGUAAGCACCAAGUGGAAUGCUCCAGCAACUAAAGCCAAAGUGGCACCUCAGAAAAGACAAGAUAUUGGGAAAUUUGUUGAGCUUCCAGGUGCUGAGAUCGGAAAGGUUACUGUCAGAUUUCCUCCAGAGGCUAGUGGGUACUUACACAUCGGGCACGCCAAGGCCGCGCUCCUGAACCAGCACUACCAGGUGAACUUCAAAGGGAAGCUGAUCAUGAGAUUUGACGACACGAAUCCGGAAAAGGAGAAGGAAAAUUUUGAGAAGGUUAUCCUGGAAGAUGUCGCAAUGCUGCACAUCAAACCAGACCAGUUCACUUACACCUCGGAUCAUUUUGAAACUAUCAUGAAGUAUGCGGAGAAGCUCAUUCAGGAAGGGAAGGCGUAUGUGGACGAUACUCCCCCAGAGCAGAUGAAGGCCGAGCGUGAGCAGAGGGUGGAGUCCAAACACAGAGCAAACUCUGUUGAGAAGAAUCUGCAAAUGUGGGAAGAAAUGAAAAAAGGGAGCCAGUUUGGUCAGUCCUGUUGUUUGCGAGCAAAAAUUGACAUGAGCAGUAACAACGGGUGCCUGAGGGACCCGACACUGUACCGCUGCAAAAUCCAACCGCACCCACGGACUGGAAGCAGAUACAACGUUUACCCGACAUACGAUUUUGCCUGCCCCAUCGUGGACAGCAUCGAAGGCGUCACGCACGCCCUGAGGACCACGGAAUACCACGACAGAGACGAGCAGUUCUACUGGAUCAUUGAAGCUUUAGGCAUAAGGAAGCCGUAUAUUUGGGAAUAUAGUCGGCUAAAUCUCAACAACACAGUGCUGUCCAAAAGAAAACUCACCUGGUUCGUAAACGAAGGACUGGUAGAUGGAUGGGAUGACCCACGGUUCCCCACGGUCCGUGGUGUGCUGAGAAGAGGGAUGACUGUCGAGGGGCUGAAGCAGUUCAUUGCUGCUCAGGGUUCCUCACGUUCGGUUGUGAACAUGGAAUGGGACAAAAUUUGGGCAUUUAACAAGAAGCUGCGAGCUCUCUGUAAGAAGGUUAUCGACCCGGUGGCGCCAAGGUACAUCGCGUUGCUGAAGAAAGAGGUGGUCCCGGUGAACAUCCCAGAAGCCCGGGAGGAGAGGAGAGAAGUGGCCAAGCACCCGAAGAACCCCGACGUCGGCCUGAAGCCCGUGUGGUACGGCCCCAGGGUUUUCAUCGAAGGUGCUGACGCGGAGACGCUCUCAGAGGGUGAGACGGUGACAUUUAUAAAUUGGGGCAACAUCAGCAUCACCAAAAUACACAAAGACGCAAAGGGAAAAAUUGUAUCUCUUGAUGCAAAACUGAAUUUGGAGAACAAAGACUACAAGAAGACCACGAAGAUCACGUGGCUCGCGGAGACGGCCCGAGCCCUUCCCAUCCCGGCGGUCUGCGUCACUUACGACCACUUGAUCACAAAGCCCGUGCUGGGGAAGGACGAGGACUUCAAGCAGUAUGUCAACCAGAACAGCAAGCAUGAAGAACUAAUGCUGGGGGACCCCUGCCUUAAGGAUUUGAAAAAGGGAGACAUCAUCCAACUCCAGAGAAGAGGCUUCUUCAUCUGUGACCAGCCUUAUGAGCCCGUUAGCCCACACAGCUGCAGGGACGCGCCCUGUGUCUUGAUAUACAUUCCCGAUGGGCACACAAAGGAAAUGCCCACGUCUGGGUCGAAGGAAAAGACCAAAGUAGAAACAGUGAAGAAUGAGACAAGCCCUACUAAGGGCAGACCAGUGGCCCCCUCGACUGAUUCCUGCACGGCUACCUCUGAGGACUCCUUGGCCCUUUACAAUAGAGUGGCUGCUCAAGGGGAUGUGGUUCGUGAAUUAAAAGCCAAUAAAGCAGCAAAGGAAGAUGUAGAUGCAGCUGUGAAACAGCUGUUGGCUUUGAAAGCUGAAUAUAAGGAGAAAACAGGCCAGGAAUACAAACCGGGAAAUCCUCCUGCUCUAACAGGAGGGCAGAAGGCUGCUGCGAAACCCCCAGCAAGCACCGCGGGAAGUGACGCUCUGUACAAUGAAGUUGCUGCGCAAGGGGAGGUGGUUCGUAAACUGAAGGCGGAAAAGGCCCCCAAGGCUAAAGUAAACGAAGCUGUAGAGCACUUACUUUCCCUGAAAGCUCAGUAUAAAGAAAAAACGGGGAAGGAAUAUGUUCCUGGUCAGCUCCCGGCAUCUCCAAGUUCAGACUCAAGCCCAGCCAGAAGCUCUGAGCCUUGUGGUCCAGAAACACCAGAGGCCAAAGUGCUUUUUGACAGAGUAGCUUCCCAAGGAGAAGUCGUUCGAAAACUUAAAGCUGAAAAAGCCUCUAAGGAUCAGGUCGACGCCGCUGUGCAGGAGCUGCUCCAGCUGAAGGCGCAGUACAAGGCUCUGACCGGCAUCGACUACAAGCCCUUGUCCGCCACUGGGGCCGAGGACAAAGAUAAGAGAAAGAAAGAAAAAGAAAACAAAUCCGAAAAGCAGAAUAAGCCUCAAAAACAAAACGAUGGCUCAAAGAAAGAGCCCUCUAAAAGCCAAGGCGGCGGGCCGCCGUCCGGCGGGGCAGGAGAGGGCCAGGGGCCCCGGAAGCAGACCAGGUUGGGUCUUGAGGCAAAAAAAGAAGAAAAUCUUGCAGAUUGGUAUUCUCAAGUCAUCACAAAGUCAGAAAUGAUUGAAUACUACGAUGUAAGUGGCUGCUACAUUCUCCGCCCCUGGGCAUAUUCCAUUUGGGAAUCCAUCAAGGACUUUUUCGAUGCUGAGAUCAAGAAACUUGGUGUCGAAAACUGCUAUUUCCCCAUGUUUGUGUCUCAAGGUGCCUUAGAGAAAGAGAAGACGCACGUUGCUGACUUUGCCCCUGAGGUGGCGUGGGUCACGAGAUCUGGGAAAACAGAGCUGGCGGAGCCUAUCGCCGUGCGUCCCACCAGCGAGACAGUCAUGUAUCCUGCGUAUGCGAAGUGGGUGCAGUCGCACAGAGACCUGCCCAUCCGGCUCAACCAGUGGUGCAACGUGGUGCGCUGGGAGUUCAAGCACCCGCAGCCUUUCCUGCGGACCCGGGAGUUCCUCUGGCAGGAAGGGCACAGCGCCUUCGCCACGUUCGAGGAGGCCGCAGAGGAGGUCUUGCAGAUACUUGACUUAUACGCUCAGGUGUAUGAAGAACUCCUGGCCAUCCCUGUUGUAAAAGGAAGGAAAACGGAAAAGGAGAAGUUUGCCGGAGGAGACUACACCACUACGGUGGAGGCCUUUAUAUCCGCCAGCGGGAGGGCUAUCCAGGGAGCAACUUCACAUCAUUUAGGGCAGAAUUUUUCCAAAAUGUUUGAAAUCAUUUUUGAAGACCCAAAGGCGCCAGGAGAGAAGCAGUUUGCCUAUCAGAACUCGUGGGGCCUGACCACGCGGACAAUCGGGGUCAUGACCAUGGUUCAUGGGGACAACAUGGGCCUCGUGCUGCCGCCCCGGGUCGCCUGUGUUCAGGUGGUGGUCAUUCCCUGCGGCAUCACAAACGCCCUCUCCGAAGAAGACAGAGAUGCCCUGAUCGCCAAGUGCAACGACUACCGGAGGCGGCUGCUCAGCGCUAACAUUCGCGUCAGAGCGGACCUGCGAGAUAACUACUCGCCCGGGUGGAAGUUCAAUCACUGGGAGCUCAAGGGAGUCCCCAUCAGACUGGAAGUUGGGCCCCGUGACAUGAAGAGCUCUCAGUUUGUAGCUGUCCGUCGAGAUACUGGAGAAAAGCUAACGAUUGCCGAAAAUGAGGCUGAGACUAAACUUCAGGCCAUUUUGGAAGACAUCCACGUUAACCUUUUCAGAAAGGCUUCUGAAGACCUUAAGACUCAUAUGGUGGUGGCUAAUACAAUGGAAGAGUUUCAGAAAGUGCUAGAUACUGGAAAGAUCGUUCAGAUCCCAUUCUGCGGGGAAAUUGAUUGCGAAGACUGGAUCAAGAAGACCACCGCCAGGGAUCAAGAUCUUGAACCUGGUGCCCCCUCCAUGGGGGCCAAGAGCCUUUGCAUCCCCUUCAAGCCGCUCUGCGAGCUGCAGCCCGGAGCCCGGUGCGUCUGUGGCAAGAACCCUGCCAAGUACUACACCUUGUUUGGCCGAAGUUACUGAGGAUGAAGCCGCACCCCAGUCUCCAGCCCUCCUCACUUUUAAAAAAGCUGAUACUACUGUCUUCCCAGAUAUAGACAGUUUUAUGAUUUUUUUAAAAUAAAAGCUCGAAAAGGAGGUCACAUGAAAUAAA